CUCUUGUUUUGUCCCUUCUGGUUUUAAAUUUCUUCGGAGUGACAUCAUUGGCGUUGACCCUCGCGAGGCUUUCGCUAGUUGAUCCUCCGCAACUCUCGCUGCCCCCCUUCCGCGACGCUUCAGCGGAUAAUAUCAGAGACUGAGAGGUCUGGGCAGAGUGCGGUCGCUUGCUGUAAUCGACAGAGAGAGACAGAGAGACAGAGAGUGAAAAUGGCGGGUGGAGGAUUUGUAGAAGCAGGGCAACUGAAAAGGGCCCAUCUUUACGAGUACAGGAUCACUGGGUAUUUCGUAUUUACUUGCAUUGUUGCAGCUCUUGGAGGAUCUCUUUUUGGGUAUGAUCUGGGUGUCUCGGGUGGAGUGACUUCCAUGGACGAUUUCCUGAAGCAUUUCUUCCCAAAAGUGUACCGAAGGAAGCACGAGCAUCUGAAAGAGACCGAUUACUGCAAAUACGACAACCAGGUUCUAACACUCUUCACUUCUUCUCUAUACUUUGCGGGCCUGGUCUCUACAUUCGCCGCCUCCUACGUGACCAGAAGCAAAGGCAGAAGAGGUAGUAUCAUUGUGGGAUCGCUCAGUUUCUUCGUCGGAGCGGUCCUUAACGCAGCUGCUGUUAACAUAUGGAUGUUGAUCUUCGGUCGCAUAUUUCUCGGCAUUGGCAUUGGAUUUGGCAACCAAGCGGUUCCUCUGUAUCUCUCAGAAAUGGCACCAGCGAAGAUCCGAGGGGCGGUGAACCAGUUGUUCCAACUAACGACGUGCCUGGGGAUAUUGAUCGCGAACCUGAUAAAUUAUGGGACCAAUAAGAUUCACCCUUGGGGUUGGAGACUGUCUCUUGGCCUUGCGACAGUCCCCGCGGUGCUCAUGUUCAUCGGCGGCCUGUUCCUCCCUGAGACUCCAAACAGCCUCAUCGAGCAAGGCAGGUUGGACGAGGGGAGGAAAGUGUUGGAGAAAGUGCGGGGCACCAAGAAUGUGGAUGCGGAGCUUGAGGACCUCAUUGAGGCGAGCGAGGCUGCACGGGCCAUCAAGCAUCCGUUCAGGAACCUCCUGCAGCGCAAGAACCGGCCCCAGUUGGUCAUCGGAGCCCUUGGGAUCCCAGCCUUCCAGCAGCUCACCGGCAUGAACUCCAUCCUCUUCUACGCUCCUGUGAUCUUCCAAAGCCUGGGGUUUGGCUCGGGGGCUUCUCUGUACUCAUCCGUGCUGACCAGCUCAGCAUUGGUCCUUGCUGCCCUGAUCUCGAUGGCCUUCGUCGAUAAGUUCGGCAGGAGGGCUUUCUUCCUAGAAGCCGGCACCGAAAUGAUAUGUUACUUGGUUAUUGUGGCCAUAACCUUGGCGCUGAAAUUUGGGCAAGGAGUGGUGCUGCCCAAGGGGAUUGGAGCCUUCCUCGUGGUCAUCAUCUGCCUCUUCGUGCUGGCCUAUGGUAGGUCAUGGGGGCCGCUGGGGUGGCUCGUGCCAAGCGAACUCUUUCCCCUAGAGACGAGGUCGGCAGGCCAGAGUGUGGUUGUGUGUGUUAACCUCUUAUUCACGGCGUUGAUCGCCCAGUGCUUCCUCGCUGCGCUCUGCCACCUCAAGUACGGGAUCUUCUUGCUGUUCGCGGCAUUGAUCGUGAUCAUGAGCAGCUUCAUCUUCUUCCUCUUGCCUGAGACGAAGCAAGUCCCGAUAGAGGAGGUGUACCUGCUUUGGAAGAAUCAUUGGUUCUGGAAGAAGUACGUCGGCGAUGAGCGAAAUGGCACGCCAGUGGAGUUGGAAAACAAAGCACCAUGAAUUUGGUGUGUCCCAAAGGAAUUGUCUAAUAUCUAUAGUUUCAUUAUAAUGUUUGACGUGGUAAAGGAUUCUUGGUACUUCUAGUUCUUCGCGAUUUUAUACUUUAAGCUUUUCAAAGUCUUCCUGGAUAGUGCAUUGUUUUCAUUCAUACUUGAACAAACUGUGUGCACAUGGCUUUGGAAAAAUGAAAUGGCAAGUUCAAACCCUUGA